AUGUCAGAGGGUUCUAUAGAGUUCAUUCUGCUGAAUGUAGGUCUUCAAAUUAAGAUGGGGAGAGGAAAGAUUGAGAUCAAGAGGAUCGAGAACACCACAAACCGUCAAGUGACCUUCUGCAAACGAAGAAAUGGACUGCUGAAGAAAGCUUAUGAGCUAUCCAUUCUCUGUGAUGCUGAAGUUGCCCUCAUUGUCUUCUCCAGUCGAGGCCGCCUCUACGAGUACUCUAACAACAACAGCAUAAGAAACACUAUAGAGAGGUACAAGAAGGCUUGCUCAGAUAGCUCAGGUUCAACCUCCAUUACUGAAAUUAAUGCUCAAUAUUAUCAACAGGAAUCGGCAAAGCUGAGGCAACAGAUUCAAAUGCUGCAGAAUUCCAACAGGCACUUAAUGGGAGAUGCCUUGAGUACUUUGAGUGUGAAAGAGCUAAAGCAGCUGGAGAAUAGGCUUGAACGAGGCAUUAAUAGAAUCAGGUCCAAGAAGCAUGAAAUGCUGCUUGCAGAAAUUGAGUACUUGCAGAAAAAGAUUUCAGAAGUUGAGAGACUUCAACAAGCAAACAUGGUUGGGUCAGAGCUGAAUGCAAUCCAGGCAUUAGCUUCUCGCAAUUUCUUUAGCCAAAAUAUGAUGGAGGGUGGAGCAACCUACCCACAGCAAGACAAGAAGAUUCUCCAUCUUGGGUAA